CGCAGAAUAUAGGCAGACUCUUUUUCUGUUUCCCUCUCCGAGUCCCCUGUUAACCUGGUGACCGUCGUCAGCGCUGGUUGCUGACCCCAGUGAGGUCAGUCAACUGUUGUCUCGGAAAAGAAAGAUAAAAUGAACUGCUGGGCGGGGGUCCAGCAGGGGCGUCGUUUGAUGAACUGGGCAACCAGCGGUGAAUGCCUACUGUUAAUUAGCAAUUCGGCCUGCAUCCAGCGGGUACGAGGUAAAAACGACGCCUCAAUGCCAGCGUCGAAACAAAGGGAAAGGGAAAGGAAUAGAGAAUAUAAACAUGAGAAAAACAGACGAGGGAAAACAGAAAGAGAGGGAAAGAAAACAAAAGCCGCUCUUACCAAUGGCGUGUUGUCUUUCGUCGAGCCUAAUGUUUCGUCGCCUGUCUCGUCGCUUCCUGCAAGACGUACCGUACAUACAUCGUAUGUACAUGCAAAGCACGGCUAGUACUGAGUACGGAGUACGUUGUACAGAUGCAGCGUACGGACCACGGAGUCCAUAAUUUGAUAUGGCAAGAGGUAGGUACGCAAAUUGGCGGUGGGAGAGUUUGGUGGUUGCGCUGGUGACAGGGAUGCUCCCA